UUAAUUUACGUCAUCGCCCCUCCAGUCCCUGACGCUUGAGCUUCGUGCCCCACUCAAACCAAGGCUGAUUGAAUUUUCUCAGUAAGGCUGAGUUAUUCUUCCCUCCUCAAUACUAUCGACAGUGAGCUCAAUGGAGCGCAAUCCAACUUCAACCCCCCCCAAUUCCACGAUAAUGGGUAUGGAUUUACGAUGAUAAUCACUCGAAAGGGUAUUCUACAUCACGAUUCGCCGUCAACAGCAGAUAACGAUGGCUGCGCCCCUCAAGACCGCUGUAGCUGGUAGCAGCGGCUUCGUCCCGCGAGCCACCUUCGAGGUAUCUUCCCAGAUCACUCGCUCCUACUUCCUAGGUCACCACGCCGGCACCCUAUCAUCCAUACGCAAGGACCUCCAAAACACCAGCCUAGUCCUCGAAUGCCGCGACAGCCGCGUACCCAUAACAUCAACAAACCCCCUCCUCGAAGCCGCCCUCGCCGGGCGUGACCGCAUAAUCGUAUACACGAAAUCCAGUCUCUGCGCGCCCAUCACCUCAAGCCGGUGGCUCGAAAAGCAACACCAGCUCUUCACAAACUACCACUCCGCGCACAGCAGCAAGCUCGGCGAAAGCGAAGGAGGACCAGGAUGGACACGAGUAGUAUUCACCGACAACCAAAAACCGAAAUCGAUACAAAAACUCAUAUCCACAAUCCGCGAGCGCGCGAUCGCGGCAGAUUCUCUAACGGGAUUGCGCGCGCUUAUCGUGGGUAUGCCGAAUGUGGGCAAAUCUACACUUUUGAACGCACUGCGGCGGAACGGUAUGCAACUCCCGGGUGCAGCGCGCGUGGGUUCGCAACCUGGCAUCACGCGCAAGAUGAGUGCACCUGUACGUGUGAUUCCGGCCGAUGAGGCGGCGGGUAUUGAGCAGGGGGUAUAUGUCAUCGAUACACCUGGAGUAUUCGUCCCGUAUGUGUCUAACGUCGAGGCUAUGCUCAAACUCUCGCUUGUCGGGUGUGUGAAAACUGGUGUCGUUCCCACGGAGAUCAUAGCCGAUUAUCUCCUCUUCCAAUUGAAUCUACGAGAUCCCGAGUUAUAUAGCGAAUACAGUCCGCCAACGAACGAUGUACUCGUGUUCCUAGAUGGCGUCGCCAGACGCACGGGCAAACUGUUGAAAUUUGGUGAGCCGAACCGUGAAGUGGCUGCUGAUUGGAUUAUUUGGCAGUGGCGGAAGGGUUUCCUAGGGCAAUUUGGUCUAGAUGAUGUUAGUGAGGAGAACUUGCGCGCUUUGGCCGAGAAGAAGUUGGCGGGCGCUGAGGAGCAGCCCUUGAGUAUGAAUCAGGCUCGCAAAAAGGAGAAAGAGGCUAGGAAAGCCAGACAUGCUGCGAAGAGACAGGCAGCAGAAGCAGCUUGAGUGUUCCGAAGAGAACAUAGAGCUUACAGAUACAGAAGCGCAGUCAAGCCGUCCAAGCAUAGACUGCCCUAUGCUCAGUGUCAAAGACACAUAGAAGCACACACCUAUACUAUCCGUAUAGCGAUAUAUCAUUGGAAUUGUACAUAUUGUAUUUUAUAUCUACGGCGACGCAGCGCCAUGCGAUAUAGCUAUUGGGGUAUAUUGUAGAUACAAUAGCGCAUCUGUAAAUAACAAAAAGAUCCAUACUCACUCCAUGAAUAGCCAGCCAGCGAUCUCCCCUGAGACCUCCCCGCCAUUCAUGUCCCGUGAAAAAUCGAUGAAA